UCAAUUUUAAUGACAUAAUGAAAGAAAACAUUUAAUUAUUUCCGUUUCAGGGGGAUUUUUUCCUAAUUGGUGGUGGAAAAAUCCUUUUCUUGACUGACAUUUAUUUCCACUACGUGUCAAAAUUUCAGUUGCGAUGGUUCCAUAAACCUCAAUUUAUCAUGCAAAACAGCACUCUUAAUGAUCAUUAAAGAGGAAGCCUUUGUUUCCAGAAUAACAACAGAAACAGAAUCAGAAAAGAAACAAUAAUUGUGACAUAACAGCAAGAUGUGACAGAAAAGAUCUGAUUUUUCUCAUUCUCCGCAACUAAUUAGUCACUUAAAUUUUGAAAAUCUGUCACAUGACUUCAGAAACAAUACCAUUUUGUUCCAUCUUGUGUCUCUUGUAAUCAAGGUAUAAUCUGAUUUUGAAUUGCACCUUCUUAAUUGAGAAGGGUAGCUUUAUCCAUUGACAUCCUGAACAGCAAGUACAGAGGUGAAUUGGUUUUUUCAUGGAGACUUUACAUGCAAAAGGGCCAUGUCGGGAGGAUCUGCUGGCUAAUUAACUGACUCUCAUUGUAAUUAAGUUAAUGACAAAGAGAGGCUAACAUGGCCCCACAAUUCCCUGCUAAUUGGACACUGAUGAAGCAUGUGACACUAAACACCUGGUACUUCCCCAAGACUUUAUGGCUUUUUUGGAAUCGUUAAGUCAACACUGAAAAAAAUACAUUGAUCAAAAAUUGCUUAAGUUUCAUCCAAAUUAGAAUGUCAAGUUCAAUUUAUUUGAAGUUUCUGGUAUUGAUAUUUUUUUGCAACAGUGAAAUGAAAAUCUGAGGUAAAUAUUUUCUGAUGAUUGACUGAUUCAAAGAGGAACAGGUAAACAGUAAGAGGUCCAAACUUUUAGAUAUAUAAUAGCAGAUGUAUACAACAUUAUCCUAUUGAUGUACAUAUCCUUAAAUCUGCAGAUGUACAUAUUGGGGUCCAUUAGCAAAGGAACAUCCCAAAGACCCCUCCCAAAUUAUAGAAAUCAUCUGGUCAAGGAUGACUUUAAUUGACAUCUGCCCCUUCACCUUAAAACCUAUUAGGGCAUGGCACCCAGCACACAAUCCCAGAUAACAAAAGACCCCCUGCAAUGCGACUUGAGCCCCAGAGGGGCAGGAAAUUAUUUUCAAUGAUUGGUUAUGGAGAUGCUUUAAUGCUUUAUUGAAGGAAAUCAUAUGGGCUUACUUGCUUAAGUAUGGUCUUUUGUGGAAAAGUGAAUUUGGUGAAGGGAUUUCUCCACUGGUUUCUGACAAAGCUGAUUUUUCAUGUAAGAUGAAGAGGAUUUGAUGUUGCUCCAAAUUAAAUGAAGUGUGGAAGUUUGAUUUAUUGACAGUUAUACAGAUCAUUCAAUGUGUGAAGAUGUGGUAAGCUAUUGACCAGCUUCAGGAGAUAGGAUUAGAGUUUUCACUCCAAAAAUCACAAUUGCCAAUGAAAAUUCUCCGGGAUUGAUGGUUUGUUUGGAAAUAUAGUAGAUCCAGUGGAUGAAGGAUAGUUCUCUCAAUGUUUUCACGUACUACAUGUCACACAGACCUAGUGAUACACGAUACCGAGGAUUUAUCAUUCUAAGGGAUUUAUUCGUAACAGCAGAGACUUCUGCUUGGUGUGGUGAGAUUGCAAUGGUGGUGAGAGGAACAUGGGAUAUGUGAACAGACAAACAGAGUGAGGGAAUCAGAGGACAGACAGUUUCAAAGUGUAUCUCUUUGCAAAGGAACACCAGCCGAGCUGCUGAAAGACCACACUGUAGAUGAAUGCCAUGGCCCGCUGUAUCUCCCCACUGGUUCACAGUCUGGUGUUAGUAAUCCUGUGUCAGCAAGUAUUCGGAGGCCAAGAUUUGGUGGAAGGACCAGAGAGUGUAAAGUCCACCAUUGGAGGCCGAAUAUUACUGAAGUGUAUUGUAAAGAAUCGCUCCGGGAUCGUACAGUGGACUCAGAAUGGAUUUGGUAUGGGGAACGAUAGAGACUUGCCACCUUACCCCCGCUACAGAAUGGUAGGGGAAAGGACAGAGGUCAACAAUGAUGUCAUAGAGGAGUUCAGUCUGGAGAUUACAGACGUCCAACUAGAGGAUGAUGGGAAAUAUAAUUGUCAGGUGACUCCGACAGAUGAUGACCCCAGAGUGUUGCUGAGUGAUGAGGUCACUGUCACAGUCAUAGCUCCUCCAAACCAGGUGCUGAUAGACGGGGGAGACAUCAAGUCCCUGGUGCUGGGGGUCCCCACCAACAUCACAUGUAGAGCGGACGGAGGGAAGCCGGCCCCUGAGAUGCUGUGGUAUAAGGAAGGGACUGGAAGGAUUACAAACAAUACAUAUACGAUAGCCACGACCAAUGAAUCCACCAAGGUUACAGAUGUUAUCAGCAUUGUGACCUUGAAAGCAACCAAUGCUGACCAUGAGAAGAGAAUUGAGUGUCGGGCCAAAAAUGAAGCUCUGCGAGAACCAUUGAGCACCUAUGUGACUUUAAACGUGCAAUAUAAACCCAGAAUCAACAUGAGUCAUAACAUAAGUCGACCAAUGAGAGAGAACGACUAUGUCAGGUUCUCCUGCGACGGUGACGCCAACCCGCGAGAAGUCCACUGGAGGUGGUUGAGGAAUGGACACACGAUCGGAGGACAGACACGCAGCUAUCUGGACAUUGCCCAGAUUUCCAGCGACUAUCAUCAGAACACUAUAACCUGUGAGGCAACUAACAUCAUCGGCAGCACUGUGGCGGAAAUCACGCUGGACAUUCUCUAUGAACCAAAGUUUAUCGGGGUCAACCAGUACAUUCCUGUUGACCUGAAUAAAUCUGUGACCUUGACCUGUAAUGCAACUGGUAACCCCCAACCUCAGAUCCGCUGGCGGAGGUCUGACAGCCAGGCCCCCCUCAGUGAGACCACGACCCUCACCCUCUCUAGGAUCGGCAAGGAAGACCUUGGCAUGUAUAUCUGUGAGGCCAGCGCUCUGUAUGGGGCUUUCACUACCAAGAAACUUGAUGUCUAUCUUCUUCUCAAAGGUCCCCCUGAAAUUAAAAGUAAGCUCAAACAGUUUGCUGAGCCGGACCUUGAUGGGAAGGUCUCCUGUCUAGUCCGCUCUGUUCCUUACCCCGACCAAAUUCUGUGGAUCCGGAACAAGAAGAUCAUUGACUACGCCCAGUCCGGGCGAUACUCCAUCACCCAGACACAGAUGGCGGACGGGGUGGAGAAUAUCCUCCACAUAUCUCACCUGACCCCAAGCGACUUUGGGGAGUACAUCUGCACCGUGUUUAAUGGCUACGGGAAUGACACAAAGACCAUUGUGCUAGCAGAGACAGAGAGCCUCCAUCUGAGUUACAUCAUCGGUGCAGUCUGUGGUGGUGUGGCCGUCCUUCUGUUUAUCGCCGGAGCCUGCAUUCUGUAUCACCGAUUUAAAUCCUCUGACAAUGGUGAAAACAAAGAUAUCAUUAAGGAAGGUGUUGAAACCGAUAAAUCUUAUGCAGAAACCGACAGCCACACAGAAUUCAAGAAACGAGAAAAGUCAGAUUCGCCGUCAGAUUUCACAAAAUCCACGUUAAUGGAUGAAUGGAGACAGAAUCUAAACUAUCACUGCCCCACAGAAUUUGAUGAAAUAAACAACAUCAAUAAUGUUUAUAAUGACCCCAGACUAAACACCAGUGGGUAUGGUACGUUGAAGUCGGACAAUAUCAUCAAUGGGUAUGAGAAUCACAACGGGCACCUGUUCAGUGACUAUACCCACCGCAGUGAUGAGUCAUUCCCUGUGGAAAAUAUGAAUGGCUACAACACCACAAACUAUGGAACCAGUACGUUUCGAAGUGGAUCUCGGACGGACUUCAUGAAGCCUGAUUACAGUGGCGACCCCUACCGGCUACCACCAGCCAAUCUGUCAACCACACAGCUUGCCACAAAUGUAUGAGAGCGGUAACACCGCAGAUAAUACCUUAUCAUCUGUCAUACACCACAGCUCAUAGAUAUCCAGGAUGGCUGGUCCAUUAGUAUACAUACAAUGCAAGUACUUCAUCUGCUUUCCAUUUACGUGCCGAAGAUGAAGAAAUGACUUCUACUGUGUAGAUGUGAAAGUGCGUGAGAAAUCUUGACUCAUUAGAUGCUCUGGUUAUAGUGAUGUUGGGAAGAAAUAAUUUCCAAAUGAACUGGAUGAAAUCCUUAACUCUGACCAUAAAAAAGUCAAGGGGUUAUUGACAAGAAACAGACUUGUAAAUUGCCUGUUGCUUUGUGUGUGUGAUAUUUGAUGGUGUGUGUUGUAGGCUGUACAUUAUAAAUGCAGUCUCUGAUACAUAGGAAGAUCAACGGUUCAGUCAGAAGCAUGCUGUCUGCAGUCUCCGAUACACUGAGAGAUCAACGGUUCAGUCAGAAGCAUGCUGUCUGCAGUCACUGUUACGCAGAGAGAUCAACGGUUCAGUCAGAAGCAUGCUGUCUUGGUCAUGUUUUGUUAUUCUAUUGUUUUCAGAAAGAAAAAAAACACUUUAGUGCUAUCUCAUGUCCUUAUGUGUGUUUUUAUUUUGCAGAUGCUCUAAUUCAGUAGAAAGUUUACAUCUAUUUUUGCCAAGCAAAUUCAUUUGAUUUGAAUCAAAAGUUGAUUUUUUUGUCAUAGGAAAUCCAGGUGCUUUGUGGCCUGUUGUAUUUGAUCUCUGAUCUGCCAAGAACCAAUAGUCAGACAGCACAGACAUUGGUUGUAGAACUUGUAAAACAUUCCAGUUAUUUUACAGUUUAGUGCCCUUUUUAGGUGGAAUUAUUUUAAUUUGUAUCCCAUCUUCAUCUUGUAUUCAGAUCAGCUAUAUGUGUGAUAUGCAUGAACUCUUGUUUUAAUAUUAUGUUGAAACAAACUGCUGAACUCCAUAGAGAUAUAGGAUCACAGUUCACAGGACACAGGCAUUGCUCACAUCAACACAAAAUGGUGACAAGACCACACAAAAACUGACCACAUUGUCAUAAACAGCGGCCAUACUAUCUUACACACAGAAAGAAUUACAUCACAAAUAUAGGCUCAUCAUCAUGCACACAAAUUGUGGCUAUAUCAACUAAGAAUCUACGCAUAAGGUAUAUAUAGUUAUUUUAAAAUAUUGUUAAUGAACAGAGUUUGGUCCCAAAACAAGGGUGAACUCUAAACACGCACAUCCCUACCAAUAUCGUGACACACGCAGAUAUUACCACUCACGUCACCUAACUUUACAUGAUGCCAUAUGUCACACUUCUUUCACCAUAUGUCACUACACACACAUUGUGAAGUUGAUCCUGUCAUAGUGUGUUCUAAUUUGAUGCUUGAUCAGUGUUUUACAUGUACUCUAUGCAUAUAUAAAUGUACCAACCCUGAAUGGACACAAAAUCACCGGUGAUUAUACCACAAGUGGUGAGAGGAAUUCAGAAACAACUCACAAUUCUAGUCAAACUACUCACUGAUAACAAGGAAACAUUCUACCUAGAUGUAUGUACUUUCAGUUGUAAAAAAUUUAGAAAACAUUUCUUGAAUGCAUGAAAAAUUUUUUCUCUGUUUAGUCAAUGGCGGUGUGCAAUUCUCGUUACUUUCUGUUUUGUGAAUGGUAUUACUAACCGUGUUCAUGGAGUUGAGUUCAGUCCCAUUUGUUUUUAUUUUAUUUGUUUAAAUGUGUUAUAGUCAUUUGAAGAGAGAGAGAGAGAGAGAGAGAGAGAGAGAGAGAGAGAGAGAGAGAGAGAGAGAGAGAGAGAGAGAGAGAGAGGAAUUAAAAGGUCACAAAUUUUUACUGUCUUUUUUAUUACCUUUUUGAAGAACAAAAGAGAUGUCCAUAUUCAUGUAUGUAGGCGUAUUUAAAUCAAUGAUCUAUUUAAUUAACUAUGUUUCAUUCUCACUUGUCUAGAAUGUUUGAGAUCACAAAAUCAAAUGAUAUAUAAACAAGAUUGAGAAGAAAUAAAAUCUUGUCUAAAGAAUAA